CCAUGGGAUGAAAAUCAUGUUGAGCAGCAAGUUUCUGUCAACAUCGAUGAAAAUGAUGAAGGUGCACAGGAGUACCAAUCUGCAGAGAAUGACCAGAAAAUUCCAGUUAGCUCAAAUAUUAUUCCUGAUUCAUCCACAACAACUGGAACAGAGCAUCCUCAGCGAACUAGAAGAAGACCAGCAUGGAUGGCUGAUUAUGAGCUUCCAACCUCGUCCUCUGGUCUGCCGGCAUCUCAGCGGUGGGAGUUGCUGCUCCAGUCUCCACCACAGCCCAAAGCUCUUUGGACCGGAGAAAGUUUUCCAUCACCAUGCUCCAAUGAUCGUAGUGACCAUCAAAGCGGGGAAUAGAAGGUUGAACAAAGCCUUCAGAUGCCAUGGAUCAAUUGAUAUUGCUGCUGCAGUGAAUUUAUGUGGCUCUGAUACCAAAUGUAGACUGGGUUUCUUUGGGAACUUUUAUCAAACAGGUUGUGAGCAACCUUAAUAAGAAGAAAUAUAUGAAACUAAUAUAAAUUGGAGAACUCAGGAAAUCAACAGAGGAAUCAGAGAAGAACUUAAUGAUAUAUUAUUCCAUAGGAAAGCCAAUUUAUAGGCCAUACAUGAAAGAAACUAUAUCUGCUAAAAAGAAGGAAAGCCAUAGAAGUGUACAGCUACUUCCUAAAGAAUAGGACAACAAACUUGAUUAAUACGGAGUACUAAAAAUACUGAGUCAAU